GAGCCUGGCACCAGGCCAGGGCGAGUGCUUGGCCCAGGCUCAAAACGUGCCUUGGCAGGACCCUGGGGCAGCCUUGCUGCUUAAUAUUGAUGGGUAUUGCCUGCACGGGUGCCUGGGGGCCCCAGCCCUGCAGAUCGUUUUCCCAUGUGCUGGGCCAGAUCGGGUUCCUCGUCACUCCCAGCAAAGCUCUCAGGCAGGACAAGGGGCUCAGCAGGCAGGGGACCACUGGCCAGGGGCUGUUCCUGGGCCUCUCAUUUGCUGGUGUCUGGCACUGUUCAAGGAUCCAGGCGAGGAGAAAGAGGAAGUGUUGGGACUCUUGGAGUGAGGUUGGGAGGGCAGCCUCUGCAACUUGGUCCAGAAGUUGAGGUGAAGGGAAGUAGCAUCCUUCACUUUAAGGAGGGACUAGGGGAGGAGGGGUAAUCCUUUACUGGCUCCUCCACAUUUUCCUUGUGUGGAUUCCCCUGUUCAUGAACAUGUUGGGAAGGGCUGAAAUCAUCCUGGAAAUGGCCCAGCAUGCUGGAUGUUCAUGCCUUCUCUGGUUUCCUUUGAGUCAGACUCUCCGUGUCACUCCCCCGGCCCCCUCCCCGCUGGGAAAGACGAGAUGGGACCAGAGAGCACCUGAGCCCAGAUGCUGAGGGGCCUGUGCCCCCUGCUCCGUGCAGAGAGACAUCCCGGCGACAGCGGCCCCGCAGCCUGCGGGAGAUCAGCUUCUCCAGUUCGGCAUCCUCAUCCUCGGCAGCUCAGGGGGCUGCACUGCCGGCACCAGCGCGUCAGGGACGGCCAGGCACCAGGGUGGCCUGCCCACGCCCAGCUCCUGUCCCCCCAGGCGUGGUGUGGCAGGGAUGAGGAGCCGGCAGCGGAUGUUUGCCGCCGUGAUGCGCCUGCUGCUCAAGUGCCUGCGGCUGGGGCGGCGGCGGCGCUUCAGGCUGCUGCGGCAGCUGGAGCAGCUGUGGCACUACGGGCACCUCUGCCUCCGCUCCCUGCUCUACAACUCCUUCACCAACGGCGAUGUGGUGCUUGACUCUCUCUUCGAGCCGGUGUACUGGCUGGUGGACCAUGUCACCCGAUGGUUUGGUGUGGUGUUUGUGGCACUGGUGAUCGGGCUGACGAGCUCUAUUGUGGCCAUCGUGUACAUCUGCCUGCUGCCCCUCAUCCUGCAGACCUACACACCUGCCUGGAUAUGCUGGCACCUCGCCUAUGGACACUGGAACCUCAUCAUGAUUGUCUUCCACUACUACAUGGCUAUCACCACUUCACCUGGGCACCCACCACAGGCCAAGAACGACCUCACUGGUGUGUCCAUCUGCAGGAAAUGCAUUGCCCCUAAGCCAGCUCGCACCCAUCACUGCAGCAUCUGCAACAGGUGUGUGCUGAAGAUGGACCACCACUGCCCCUGGCUAAACAACUGUGUGGGCCACUACAAUCACCGCUACUUCUUCUCUUUUUGCCUGUUCAUGACCAUGGGCUGCAUUUACUGCAGCAUCAGCGGCUGGGACAUGUUCCGGGAUGCCUACGCAGCCAUUGAGAGAAUGAAACUGCUUGAGAAGGAGAGACUGCAGGUGGCUGCCAACCAGACAUACUACCAGACCCCACCACCCACCUUCACCUUCCGCCAGAGAGCUUUCCACAAGAGCGUGGUCUACCUCUGGGUCCUGUGCAGCUCGGUGGCACUGGCCCUGGGGGCCCUGACGCUGUGGCACGCUGCCCUCAUUACUCGUGGGGAAACGAGCAUCGAGCGGCACAUCAACAGAAAGGAGAGGCAGAGACUGCAGAAGAAGGGCAAGGUGAGCAGAGCCCACAGCACGGGGACUGGCUGGGGCAGAGCCAGACGUGAUGUGCCUCUCCCUGUCCUGCAGGUCUUCAGGAACCCCUACAGUUAUGGCAGCUGGGAUAACUGGAAGGUGUUCCUCGGUGUGGAUGUGCCAAGGCACUGGCUCACCCGUGUCCUGCUGCCCUCUCCUCACCUGCCCCACGGGACAGGCCUGAGCUGGGACCUGCCUCCGUGCGUGAUGGAGCAACGUGCGCCACUCCUGGCAAUCUGAGGCCCUGUGCUCUGGAAAUCCCUUCCUGCAGGCAGGGGAACCCACUCCACCACUGCAGCUUCCUUUGGCCAAAGUGCCUGGCAGAAGGCUGGCACAUAUCACUGACUGGAGCCAGGGCCAUGGGGAACUCUUAUGGACAGCGUUGGUGCCUGGACACCUGCCCUCUUGGCUCUUGGUGGCUGCAGGCAGCCCAGGGGCAAGGUGGCAGAGCUGCUGUUUCCUGCUCCAGCUGGACGGUGCUGCCCUCAUGAGCACAGGUACGGGCCAGCAUUGGCCCAGCUCAGCUCUCUGAAGGGCUGGGCACAGAGGAUGGCACCCCCAAGUGCUCCCUGGGGAGUCUUUUUAGGACCAUCUAUUAAAUACUGGUUUUUUUUAAGGGAGUCUGUUUUUG